AGACUGCGUCAUUUUCAAGACAGAACGCAGUGGAUCAUCUCCGAGGUCUGUAUGAAGCUUGCUCCUUUCCUUUCUGAGUGACUGAAACCUAAACUCUUUGGCCCUAAUGGAACAAUUAGUUGCUGAAGUGCCGGUUAAUUGUCAAGAUUUUGUUUAAAUAGAAGUCGGAUAGUACAUCCGACGAUUUGUUUGCACUAAGGGAAUUAUUUUCUUCAGUCUCAUCUAUAUUUGAGCAGCAGAAUGGCGAGUGUGUCGUAUCAAAUUGCCAAUUUAUUGGAGAAGAUGACCUCCAGUGAUAAAGAUUUCCGCUUCAUGGCCACCAAUGAUUUGAUGUCAGAGUUACAAAAAGAUAGUAUUAAACUCGAUGAUGAUUCUGAGAGAAAAGUUGUAAAAAUGCUUUUACGCCUUCUCGAAGAUAAAAAUGGAGAGGUGCAAAAUUUAGCUGUUAAAUGCUUAGGCCCAUUGGUCAACAAAGUAAAAGAAUAUCAAGUGGAAACAAUAGUGGAUGCACUGUGUGGAAACAUGGUUUCAGAGAAAGAACAGUUAAGAGAUAUAUCAAGCAUUGGAUUAAAAACUGUGAUUAGCGAGUUGCCCUUAGCAUCUAGUGCUUUGGCAGCAAAUGUAUGUAAGCGCAUCACAGGCCGACUAAGUAGUGCUAUAGAAAAGCAAGAAGAUGUUUCAGUUCAGCUUGAAGCUUUAGAUAUUCUUGCAGACCUUCUGUCAAGAUUUGGAGGGCUUUUGAUUAGUUUUCAUACCACUAUUUUAGCGGCAUUGCUACCUCAGCUGUCAUCACCUCGACAGGCAGUGAGAAAAAGGACAAUUGUAGCUCUGAGCCACUUGGUGAUGUCUUGUAAUCAUCAGUUGUAUGCAAAGCUAAUUAACUUUCUUUUGGAUGGCUUGUCACGUAACUCAAACACUUCAACAACUCGUACUUACAUUCAAUGCAUUGCAGCUAUUUGCCGGCAAGCUGGACACAGAUUUGGUGAACACAUUGAGAGAGUUAUGCCUUUAAUAGUUCAGUAUAGUCGUGAAGAAGAUGAUGAAUUGAGGGAGUAUUGUCUUCAAGCCUUUGAAGCAUUUGUUCAUCGUUGUCCAAAGGAAAUAACUCCACAUAUUAGUGCAAUUACAGAUUUGUGCCUACAAUACAUAACGUAUGAUCCAAAUUAUAACUACGAUGAUGAGGGAGAAGAAGGUGAAGACGGUGUCAUUAUGGAAACUGAAGAGGAAGUAGAUGAUGAUGAAAAUGAUGAGUAUUCAGAUGAUGAUGACAUGAGCUGGAAAGUCAGGAGAUCUGCUGCCAAGUGUAUGGAAGCUGUCAUAGCCACUAGGCAUGAACUUCUGGUUGAAUUUUACAAAACAGUAUCUCCUGCACUCAUUGCACGAUUCAAAGAACGCGAAGAAAAUGUUAAAAGUGAUAUCUUUCAUGCGUAUAUGGCUCUCCUGCGGCAGACUAGGCCAACAGUGGGUGUGAGUCUAGACCCUGACAGCAUGGAUCAGGAAGAAGGUCCCACUUGUAUGUUACAAGCUCAGGUGCCGGCUAUUGUUAAGGCUGUACAUCACCAAAUGAAAGAAAAGAGCAUAAAGACACGUCAAGAUUGUUUUGCAUUAUUAAAAGAAUUAGUCAUAGUUUUACCAGGAGCAUUAACUAACCAUAUACCAGCUCUGAUUCCUGGAAUCCAAUAUUCUUUGGGCGACAAAAAUUCUAGUAGCAAUAUGAAGAUAGAUACUCUGGCAUUUGUGCAUUGUCUGCUUACUUCUCAUGCACCUGAAGUAUUUCAUAGUCAUAUGGCUGUUUUGGUACCUCCAGUUCUUGCAGCUGUUGGUGACAGCUUCUACAAAAUAACAGCAGAAGCAUUAUUAGUUUUACAGCAACUUGUGAAAGUUAUUCGUCCACUGGAUACCCCCAGCAAUUUUGAUUUCACACCUUUCACUUUGGAACUGUACCACUGUACUUUGGUAAGACUCAAAGCAGCUGAUAUUGAUCAAGAAGUUAAGGAGAGAGCUAUUUCCUGUAUGGGCCAAAUUAUUUGCAAUCUGGGUGAUUAUUUGCAAGGUGAACUACAUACAUGCUUGCCCAUUUUUCUGGAUCGACUUAGGAAUGAAAUAACUCGAUUAACUACUGUUAAAGCACUCACUAAAGUAGCUGGUUCUCCUCUGCGAAUUGACCUCAGACCAAUAAUGGGAGAAGCCAUUCCUAUUCUGGGUUCAUUUCUUCGCAAGAAUCAAAGGGCUUUGAAACUGGGAACUCUAACUCUACUAGACACACUUGUUCGUAACUACAGCAAUUCAAUGAACCCAGAAUUACUCAAUAAGGUAAUUGUUGAGCUCUCACCAUUGCUGUCUGAGGCUGAUCUUCACAUAGCUCAGCUUACACUCACGCUUCUUACUUCCAUUGCGGAAUUGCAUCCUUCAGCUCUUGCUCGGGUGUCAGACGCGAUUCUGCCUGAAAUCCUCAUUUUAGCAAAAUCUCCUCUCCUGCAGGGAGCUGCCCUCAGUUCAAUGUUAGAGUUCUUCCAGGCGUUGGUGAAGGCUGGUCUCCCAGGUUUAGGUUACAGAGACCUCUUGGCGAUGCUGGUUGCCCCAGUGACACAGAGCAACAUGGCUUCUGGCACUGGCCCCAUGCCUGUUCUUCAUAAGCAGGCUUUCCACUCACUUGCAAAAUGUGUUGCUGCUUUAACAAUCACCUGGAGACAAGAGGCACUUGCAGUAGUAGAACAGUUUAUGCGUGACAUUCAGAAUCCUCGAAAUGAUUCACAACAUAUUUUUGCUUUGCUCAUUAUUGGUGAAAUAGGUCGUCACAUUGACUUGAGCAGUAUUACUAGUCUGAAACAAGUUAUUCUGAAUUCUUUCUCACCACCUUCAGAGGAAGUUAAAUCAGCUGCUUCAUAUACUUUAGGAAGUGUUGCUGUUGGAAAUUUGCCUCAAUAUUUACCAUUUGUCCUACAAGAAAUCGAAGCUCAACCAAAGAGACAGUACCUUCUUUUACACUCCUUAAAAGAAAUCAUUUCAUGUCAGUCUGGGUCUCCCGGUGGAGUUCAACUCCUGCAGCCUUUUGUUCCUGCCAUUUGGCAACAGCUGUUUUUACAUUGUGAAUGCAGUGAGGAAGGUACUCGCAAUGUUGUUGCGGAAUGUUUGGGCAAGUUGACACUUAUAGAUCCAGCUGCUUUACUGCCCCAACUCCAAGAGUCACUAAAUUCAGAAUCUGCUCUUAUGAGAACUACUGUUGUUACUGCUGUGAAGUUCACAAUUUCAGAUCAGCCUCAAGCAAUAGACCCUUUGCUAAGGCAAUGUAUUGGUCAGUUCCUAAGUACUUUACAGGAUCCUGACUUGAAUGUUCGGAGAGUGGCCUUGGUAGCUUUCAAUUCUGCUGCUCACAACAAGCCGAUGCUUGUUCGUGAUCUUCUAGAUACUGUUCUACCUCAGUUGUAUAGUGAAACCAAAGUUAGGAAAGAACUAAUUAGAGAAGUGGAAAUGGGUCCUUUUAAACAUACUGUGGAUGAUGGAUUAGACAUUCGCAAAGCAGCAUUUGAAUGCAUGUACACCUUGCUGGAUUCAUGCUUAGAUCGGUUGGACAUUUUUGAGUUCCUGAAUCAUGUAGAAAAUGGACUGAAAGACCAUUAUGACAUAAAAAUGUUAACAUACCUUAUGGUUGCCCGUCUUGCACAACUCAGCCCAACUGCAGUGCUGCAACGAUUGGAACGUUUAGUGGAUCCUCUUCGUAAUACUUGUACAAUGAAAGUGAAAGCAAAUUCUGUGAAGCAAGAAUAUGAGAAACAGGAUGAACUGAAGAGAUCUGCCAUGAGAGCUGUUGCAUCAUUACUAACAAUUCCUGAUGCAGACAAGAAUCCACAUCUAAGUGAAUUUGUAUCCCAGAUUAAGUCAACCCCUGAGCUGCAGCUGAUCUUUGAUUCGAUUCAAAAGGAUUCCACAGGGCCCUCCCAGGAUUCAGCCCUCAUGGACCUCAGCUGAGCAAUGGUGAAAAUUUCUGGGAGAUAUUAACAUUGCAGCAAUUCUCUCAGAUGCAGUAAUUGGUUCAAUUGCCAAUGACUUCUGGUUCCAUUUAACCACUGUGAGAGAAAUAACCCAAGACUAUUUUCAACAGUUGUGAUGAAAAUCUUACUGUGAAAGUUUGUAAAUGAAGUGAAAUUGAACUAUGUAAUAUAAAAGUACAUGCUUGAUUGUCUUUUUGUGUUAAUAGAUACCAUUAACAUUAUUUCUAAUACUCUUAAUUUUAUGUUGAGGCCUCAACCCAUUUUUGUGUCCAAAAAUAUUCUAGUGUCCUAGUGGACAGUGACUAUUUUGAUUUGCUACUCUUACAAUUUGGUGCAGUGUGAACCCACUUCAGUCUUAUUCUAGUGGCUCAUGCAAAUAUGUUUGUGGUUUUAAUGGAAUGAUUUGUGAAAUGUUCUUUGUACAUAUAAAUGAGAGAGUUGCCGGAAUGCUCAUUAAGUAGUAAACAUUUUUGUCUGUUGCUCAUGGGUUAAGUAUUGAAAUCGAUAUUUAUGUAUAAUGCCUUUGAGCCUCCAGUUGAGUGUUGUAUUCUUACUGUAUUGAUUGUAGCAUGUUUAAAUUUGAAAAUUUGUCGCUGUGUGGAAAAUUUGCAGGAACUGACUUUUUAUUUUUAGGGCUUUGAGCAGUUUGGUAAUUUGUAUACAAGUCUAUGAACUUGCAAGUUUUGCCUGAUACAGUAACAAAUAAAUUGGUACAUCACUUACUAUUGUAAUAUUGUUACAAAAAUUUUCUGAAGUGAAUGCCUCUCACGUAAAAAGAAAAAUAUUUCAUUGCCUUAAUUCUUUAAUUAUCUGCAUGCUAAAAUUCUUUUUUCACAGCUUAUUUGAAGAUAUCUUUUAAAUGCAUUCCCAUUUACACCAUUAUUUUGCGAUAUUUGAAAAUUUAUCAUUAAUAACUUGUGAUAAGAGAACACUUUCUUUUAUUUAAUAUCUAUCCUGCUCCUCUUUUCUUUUCUUUGAAAUUUCACAUUUUUAUAAUUUCAUGAAUCUGUUGUUUCUCCUCGUUAGGCUAUUUCAGAAAUAAAAUUCUCCUUUAAGUCACAAUCCUCCUUGUCUCUUGUCUAUGAAAUGUGGAAAUAAAAGGAUUGCUUAGAAUAUUCAGUGAAAUGUUAUAAGAAACAUUAAUAUAACAAAAAUCUUAGAUUAAUGAAAAUAUUUGAUAUUCCAAUCAAUUCACUUUUGGGUUAUAUGAUUUCACUGUAAUGAAAUUUGAACUAAUGUUACAAAUGAAGUUUCACCUUUUUGCCC